AUGGCACAACCAAAAUGGAAGGUUGGAUCCUUCCUGCAGCAGGCUGUCGCCGGUGUUGAAUCGAAAUUGGAUUUGAUCCUGGCCGAUGAGGACCAGCGCCAACAGCUACAGCCAAAACCAAGCACGGCGACGAAGAACCAGACUGGCAAUCUUUCGCGAAGUUCAUCAAAUGCGCGGAAAAAUGAUCGCCUUCAGGAGCGUCUGGCUCGCGCUGUUGUCAAAUCGAAUACCAAUGCCAAUCCCGCUUCUCAAUCCUCAAGUCGAGUCCCCUCUCCCGUCACUAGUCCGGUUUCGAGCAAUGGCGCGCGGUCGAGCAUGGACAUUGAGUCGAAUCUUGGACGUAGCAGCCUCAAUCUCGAAGAAAGUGCCCAGAACAUUACUCCUACCGAUGAAUCUUCCUCAAUAGCAGCCUCCAGAACAAGUCAUGACAGCAACCCACCACGAAACUCAAGAGAUAUUGUCGCCUCGCGCGCAUCGAAUGAAGUUUCCGAAUCGCAAGAGGCUAACUCAGAGAGGGGUACUGAAGUUGUACAAGAAAAUGGCGUUGAACCUAAGGUACAGGAAACCGAAGCUGACAAACCACGUUCAUCUGAGGACCUUGCCCAGAACACUGCACCUGAUUCGAGUGAUAUCAUCGAACCUGUCUCCAGCGAUGCGGACAAAACUAUCGCACAAUUACAGGCAGAACACAAGGCAGCCGAGUCACGCUGGCAAGCAGAAAUGUACGAACAUAUUGAGCGAAUUGACGCAUUACAAUCGAAGCUGAAGUAUUUGACUAAAGAAGCUGCUGAAGCCGCCAAGAAAGCGGGGGCGGCGGAAGCACCUGGAAGUAUGGAGAGGCAGCUCCGAGAGAAGGACGAGAAGAUCGCAUUGUUGCUCGAAGAAGGACAGAAACUUUCGAAAUCCGAGAUGGACCAUCGUACGGCGAUCAAGAAACUUCGGCAGCAAUUGGCGGAGAAUUCGAAAGUACAAACUGAAAAUCACAAGAAAACAGAAAAACUGGAACGAGAUCUGGCCAACGCUGAGGCCAGGGCUAAGCGGGCUGAAGCUGCCGAAAAGCGAGCCAAUGAAACACUGUCCUCUCAUUCAAAAAACUCACGAGAUCUUGAAGCAGUCACAGCGGAGCGAGAUGCAUUGGGUCAAACGAUUCAGGAAAUGAAAGGUCAACUUGCCAGAGCAGUUGCGCGGGCUGAGGCAGCUGAAGCCAAAGCUCAGUCUGAUGCGCUGGAGCAGGAAAAGCGCCAUGCGGCUGAGCUGGAAGAAGAACUGGCAAGCAUCAAGGCCGAGCGUGAUGAGAGUGAGGAAACUCUGAAGAUAGAGAUACGCGACCUCAAGAGUACCAUCGAGCAGGAGAAGGAAAGGGCACGAGUACUGGAGGUCGAACUAAAGAACGAGCAAUCCGUCUUGGAGAGCAAGAUGGAGUCUCUUCGCUCUAGAGCGGAAGAGGCUUCAUCCGGGGUAGCUGGUGAUGCUCAAGCAAAGCUUCUUCGCCAGAUCGAGACAUUGCAGACGCAGUAUGCUGUAGCCAGUGAAAAUUGGCAGGCGUUGGAGGGUUCAUUACUUGCGCGCUUAGCGAACGUAGAGAAAGAACGAGACGAAGCCACACGCCGAGAGGGAGACCUACGGCGGAGAGUUCGGGAAGUGAACCUCAAAGCUAAAAGGGCUGAGGAAGACCUAGAAGACGCAAAAGAGGUCGAGCAUGAUCUUGAAAACAAACUAGAGGAACGCAUGCAGGAGCUGCAAAAACUGGAGCAGAAACUUCACAAGGCUGCAGACGAUUUAGUCUCGGCACAGAAAGACUUCGAUGAACAGAAGAAAGUGUGCGAUGCAACGUGGGCACAGAAGCUGGAGGAAGAACGAGUGAAAUGGCGCGAGCAGGUUGUGCCUCCUGCCAUCUUCACACAGCCACAACGCACCGAGUCACCAGUAGCGUACAGUCGCCGACCGAGUGCCCUGGAGCCUGUAGGUUCUCUCACUGACUUACGUUCAAGUCGCCGGUCCUCGACUCUGCCCAUGACAUCGCCAGAAGUAGGCACACCGACACGACAGAACUCAUUCCCAUCUACGUCUGGUCUCCUUUCACCUCCGACACACAGCGCACCCUUCUCGCAAUUUACGGACACCCCUUCAAUUAGUUUCGAACCAGAUGAGUUCUCUGCCCGGCCGGGCACGCCAUCCGCGUUUGGCGGAGCACUGACCCAAAACUCCCGCGGAAUCAAUGACAUUAUCUCGGAAUCCACGGUUGGUGCUGGUCCAUCGGUCCAGCUGGUGGAGCGUAUGAGUGCGACGGUUCGCCGAUUGGAAAGCGAACGAGCUGCCACGAAAGAUGAGCUUGCUCGUAUCGUAAGCCAGCGCGAUGAAGCCCGCCAACAAGUUGUGGAUCUGAUGCGAGAAUCUGAGGAGAAAAAGACAGUAGACGCCCGUAUCCAAGAACUAGAGAAGCGACAUGCCGAGCUAGAGGAGCGUUACGAGACUACUCUUGAGCUGCUAGGGGAAAAGAGUGAACAAGUGGAAGAGCUCCAGGCUGAUAUUGCCGAAGUCAAGAAAAUCUACCGCGAGCUGGUGGAUAGUACCAUGAAAUGA